AUGAUCGAGCGCCUUCUGCGUCCUGUCUUCACUACGAUCCAGUUCUAUGCCUGGAUUGUGACUUUCUACCAGUACCCACUGAUUGGAUUCAUCAUCUUGGGACUCUAUGUUCGACCGAUGAUCCGCACCUACACUGGCUUCUUGCGCAAGUACCCUUACUGCCGCCGCCAGCUGUUGGCCGCGUUCCUCGUCGACUACUGCUUCCCCAUCCUGGACCUGUACGCCUGGGCCACCAUUGAUGAUAUGGGCUGGCUCACCCGGGAUCUGGGUACUGUUAAGGAGGAUUAA